AGACUGCUUGUGAUCAUGGUCAUUUUAACGCUUUCAAAAUAAACACGAUUUUUAGUUUCAUUUUACAAUUAUACUUUCUACGAUUUCUCUUCUAAAAUGAGUGGAAGAGACAAAGAAAAACGAUCAGAAAUACCUCACGAGCUUAGAGGGAAAGUUGCUGCUUUUGACAGUUCUUUAAAUAACGUUGAAAAUGAAUUUGAACCUUUGUUAAAACUUUCACAAAUCGAGCUAAAUGCAAAGUUAUCUAACUUGGAGAAAGCGAAGUUGGACCUUGUUGCUGCUUACUCAAUCAACUCAUUAUUUUGGAUGUAUUUGAAUGUAUGUGGUGUUAAUCCAAAGGAUCAUGGAAUAAAACAAGAACUAGACCGGAUUAGAAGUUACAUGAACCGUGUAAAAGAGAUUCAAGAUAAAGAGAAGGCUCCGAAGAUAGACGUCAGUGCAUCAAAGAGGAUGGUUAAAAGUGCGCUGUGGCAGGCAGCACAAAAUCAACAACAAACAGCUGAGAGUUCAAAAGACAACAGUACAGAUGACCAGUAUGUGAUAAGAAAAGGAAAGAGGAAGUCCGAUCAGAAACCUGCAAAAGAACUGACUGAAGCUAAAAUUAGAAAAGCUCAAAAAGGUCGAUAUAUGAGCAAUACAAAUGAUACUUGAUUAAAUUAUAGUUUAAAAUUG